GUAACAAGCUUAAGGCAUCUACCCUCACAACUGAAGGAAAUGCUAAAACUAAUAGAUAAAAUGCUUAGCACAGAGUUUGAACGAUAUGCAGCUGCAGAUCUUCAUCGUCCACUAGAGUCAAAUGAAGGUGUUUUGGAACAAGAACGGCUUGUUAGCUUAGUGGCAGGUCUUCUCAGACAGAAUCAUCUUCAGUUCUUGGAAACAUAUAAAAAGGAAGCUAUUACAGCUGCUCAAGCACUUUUGAAACAAUUGAUGAUCGAGCAGUUAGCAGAUGCAGAGGAUGAACUGAAUGAACUUACAGGAUCUGGAGAAAUUGCUCCAAGUAUGGAUGCUGCUCAUUGGUUGAAAGUCUUAAAAUUGGCAAGCAGAGCAUUGUGUAAACUUAUUGAUAGAGUGAAAGCCGUUCACGAUGUUAUCAAAGAAACCACUGCGAUUAGUGCGGGACUUCAUCCUCCCAAUCCAGAUUUGACAUCUAGAACUGAUAAUUUCCUGUCAUUAGAAGACUACAAUAGAGUAGAGAUAAAACUCAAAGAUCUCUUGACUUCAGUAUGCGACUAUUGCAAUGAACGGCUAGCUUCAUUAGUGAGUACACAAUCUGACAAGCAAUCCGUGAAUGCCUCCCAAGUAACUGAACUAUCAAAUAUCGUGGAAAGUUUCACAGAAUCAUGUGAAAAUGUAUGUGGAAGGCAGAGUGCAGCUCUAAAAGCAGCAUUCAAAAUUCAAGCUGGUAAUUAUGUUCACAAGUUUCACAGUCAACGAAAGAACAAAUUGCAGUUGCUGUUGGAUGCCGAGAGGUGGAAAGUAGUUGAUGUGCCUGCUGAGAUUCAAAUUCUAGUCGAUACUUUAGCUUUAGGUGA